CGAAGAAGCACAAAGAACGCAGCAAUGGACAACUUCUUCGCCGGCGAGAUCGCGACGGAGCUCGUCAAGGAGCUCAUCAAGGUCAUCCGGCAUGCUUAUCUCUGCCGUCCCUCUGCCGAGCAGCUCAAGCGCUCCGUCGAUGCCCUCCUUCCCAUCGUCAACGAGAUACGAUACUCCGGCGUGGAGCUCCCCCAAGCACGCCAGAACCAGCUUUCAGACCUCGCUGAGAAACUCCGCCUUGGCCUGGAGCUUGCACGCAAGGCCGCCGACUCACCGCGCUGGAACGUCUACCGCUCUAUCCAGCUCUCUCGCCGCAUGGAGCGUGUUGAUCGGUGGAUCUCGAAGUGGGUUGAUCGGCAGAUGCCGGCUCAUGUGCUUGCUGAUGUGCAUCAUCUUCGUGUGGACUCGUUGGCGAGGUUGGAUCGGAUUGAGAGGAAGAUUGAUGAAGGGAGUGCGAUGGGGAGGAGGAUGGUGGUGGAGAUGAUGGAGGGAUUGGAGUUGGGUGGAGGGGAGGAGGUGGUGGGCGUGGGGAUUAAGGUUGGGAGGGAGAGAGUGAAGGAGAUGCUGAUCAAUGGCGACGAUGCGCGCGUGGUUGUUGGGAUUUGCGGGAUGGCGGGCAGUGGAAAGACUACUUUGGCGAAGGAGCUCUGCAAGGAUCCUCAGAUUCGAAAUCACUUUAGUGGUGGAAUUUUGUUCGAGACGGUAUCUCAAUCUCCGAAUUUAGAGAACUUGAAAUUCAAGCUGUGGGAAAAGAUCACUGGGAAUAUUGUUCGUGGGGCUUAUGAUGAGAUUCCUCAAUGGCAGAUAGUGUUGCAGCCAAGACUGAAAGCUCCGGUUCUCGUUGUAUUGGACGAUGUAUGGACUCCAUCUGAGCUUGAAGAGCUUAUUUUUAAAGUGCCUGGAUGCAAGACACUUGUUGUAUCAAGGUUCAAAUUCCCUACAAUAUUCACUGACACUUAUGAAAUGGAAUUGCUAGGAGAAGAAGAGGCCUUAUCCCUUUUCUGUUCUUCAGCUUUCGACCAGCAGUCAAUUCCGCCAACUGCUGAUAAAAAGUUGGUGAAACAGGUUGUUGAAGAAUGUAAAGGCCUUCCUCUAGCUUUAAAAGUGAUUGGAGCUUCACUCCGUGGGCAGCCCCCAAAGAUUUGGGCAAGUGCAAAGAAUAGACUAUCUCGAGGAGAAGCCAUAUCCGACUCCCACGAGAAUAAAUUACUUGAAAGGAUGGAGUUAAGCAUUCAGUGUCUUUCACACAAGGUCAAGGAGUGUUUUCUUGAUCUGGGUUCCUUUCCAGAAGACAAGAAGAUUCCUCUUGAUGUACUAAUUAACAUAUGGAUGGAGAUCCAUGAUCUUGAAGAAGUAGAUGCCUAUGCUAUCUUAGUCGAACUCUCCAAUAAAAACCUACUUACCCUGGUGAAAGAUGCACAGAGCAGAGCUGGAGACAUCUAUAGCAGUUACAAUGAGCUUUCUGUCACUCAGCAUGAUGUUUUGAGGGACCUGGUUCUUCACAUUAGCAGUCGGGAGUCUUUGAACAGUCGAAAAAGAUUGAACAUGCCAAGGAAAGAAGACAGACUUCCAAAGGAUUGGGAAAGGAACAAUGAUCAACAGUUUGAUGCACAGAUUGUUUCAAUUCAUACAGGUGAAAUGAAAGAAUGUGAUUGGUUCAACAUGCACUUUCCAAAGGCUGAAGUUCUUAUUCUAAACUUCUCCUCAUCCGAAUAUUUCCUGCCUCCGUUUAUCAAGACAAUGCCAAAGCUGAAAGUUCUAGUGUUGAUCAACUAUGGACUCUCGAGCACAAAGCUUCACAAUCUUACCGUAUUUGAAUCCAUAAAUAACUUGACAAGCGUUUGGUUCGAGAAGAUAACCAUCCCUCCUCUGCCAAGAACCACAAUUCCCUUGCAAAACUUAAUGAAAGUCUCUCUAGUCCUAUGUGAGCUCAAGAACAGCCUCCAAGGUUCGACUGUCCUUCUGCCACUGACAUUUCCGUGCAUCUCCAACCUCACAAUCGAUCACUGCAUUGAUUUAACCGAUCUUCCAUCCAGCAUUUGCGAACUCAAUUCUCUUAAGAGCCUCAGCAUAUCAAACUGCCAUGAUUUAGAAGAGUUGCCUCAUGAGCUCGGAAAACUAAAUUCACUUCAUAUUCUUCGUAUAUACGCAUGCCCGGGUUUGAAGAAGCUCCCGCAAUCACUCUGCAAGCUGAAAAGCUUGCAGUAUCUUGAUAUCUCUCAGUGUUUUAACCUCGAAGGCCUCCCCGAAGAAUUCGGUUACUUGACAAACUUGGAAAAGAUUGAUAUGAGGGAAUGCCCACAAGUGAGCAGUGUACCGAAAUCAUCGAUGUUGUUGAAGUCUCUGGGGAAUGUAAUAUGUGAUGAAGAGAUAUCAUUGUUAUGGAAAGAAGCAGAGAGGGAGAUUCCAGAGCUGCGUGUUCAAGUUGUAGAAGAAUGUUUCAAUUUAGAUUGGCUUGUAGAGUGAAGUGAAAUAAGAGAUUUCUCAUUGAAAUGCUUGUUCACUUGUAUGUUUGGAAUAACUACUGUGAAUAUGUUUUUAAUGCUAGUUCUAAUGGGCCAAAUUAGAACUUUAGGUUUUCA